AUGGACCAAAGGCGGUGGCAGAAAAAAGCCCAUACAAACUGGGCCUGCAGAUUCGCCCGUUCGGACGAACAAGGGGGACUUGGUCAAAUCCACGUCGAUUCCGGCCGCACCCACCGGCCACCGACCCGUCGAGGCUGGCUCGACCCCCAGGCCGCCGCUGGACCCCGUGGUCCGGCCAAGUCCCGCCGGCGCGCCAACUGGCUCCCCGCCGGGCACCACCCUCCAGGCCCCAUGCCCCCUGCCCCGGGCGUCGAACCGGCCCCGGCGCGAGGCUACGCGGUCCCUGGCUCCGGGCACCCCCAGGCGGUCGACGGACGAAUGUCGGUGCGGGUGGCCCAGUUCGCCUCCGACCCCGCUCCGCGCACGGCUACAGGCUUCGCGGCCCUCGCUUUACUGAUUCACCGCAGGGCCGAGGCCCGGGGGGGUCGGGUUUGGGGGGUCAGCCGGAGGGGGCCCAGAUAUAUAUUUUUCACACACCGACCCCCCACCCAGCACCCCGAGGACCACCGACCCAUCUUUCGUCUCAGCAUGGCACAUAGCCCGGAACGCCGCCAGGCCCCCCCGGCGCCCAAACGCUAG